UAUUAUAAUUUCAAAGAUUACCAGUAGAUGGUGAUCACUUGCUAAAAGAGUUGUCAAAGGAGAGUGUGAGGCGAUUGCGAUUUUUUACAAAACGAAAGUUACAGUGAUUAAAAAUGGCAAAACUCGUAACUGAAAUUGUAUCGGUUUUAGCAUCAAAAACCAAAGUCGCUAUUAAAAAUACUGUAUAUUAUGGGAAGGUAGAACUAGUUCCACCAAAGCUGUCUGACAUACCUGCCAUAAAAGAUGGUUUUUCCAACUUAAUCAGUGCUGCUAAAAACGGACGAAUUCUUGAUCUUUCAGUGCGUGAAGUUUGGCUAAAUACAUUAGUCGGAAUUGAAGUUGUAUGUUGGUUCUUUGUUGGAGAAUGUAUUGGAAAACGACAUAUUAUAGGAUACAAAGUAUAAAGAUGUAUUAACAUACAUGUGAAUACAAUCUCUGUAUAAUAGUCACUCAAAUAAAUAUAUAUAUGUAUACACA